CACACUGCUUGAAUCCUCCAUCACAUUUCUUUUUUUCCCUUCCAAAGAAGGAGUUCGUCAACUGACUGAAGACAUCAUGACAUCACCAAGGUCAUCGAAGGAUCUCCGCAGCUGUGAUCGAUGUUUUAUCAUGAAAACGCAGUGUGAUCUAGCCGAAGUAUGCGGCCGAUGUAAGCGUCUUGGGCUAGAAUGUACGAAUAUUCGACCUGUCAAAUCCAAGGGCCGACCACGAAAGUCACAGCGCCCGAACCAGCCGCAAGGAGAUACCCAGCCACCCACCCGAGGGCGUACACCAGAACGUGUGUCGCCCUAUCCACCUGACAUGAUCAUUCAGGCUGUUUUAACCGGUUUGAACCAACAUGUCGAUCCCCUGCUGGCUGGGCCUCUAUUACAACACAUUCGGACUUUAAGACCUGGUCAUGGCCUCUGUGCUGUUAUGCUAGCGGAGCCACAUUCGGCUGUUGACAACGGCCUUGACAUUCACAACCCAGCUCUAUAUUGCAGUAUCAUUUCUAUCGUGCUGGAACUCUGGCAACGGAGGGUCCACCAGCCUGACGAGCAGUCACUUCAACAGAAAAGGGAUUUAAUUCGAGAAGAAGCAUUGUCGCGGAUUCCGCAUAUCUUUUCACGCUCUGAGCCAUCUGUAUCUGACGCUCUAUCCUUGCUCUUACUCAGCCAUACGUGGUGCCUUACCAGUCAGCAUAUCGAUGCUGCAGCUCAAUGGACUGCUCUCGCGCACUUCAUCAUAAAUAAUAGUAUCAAGGGGCGAGAUCUACUAUCCUAUGCUCCUCGUGAAGUGGACAAACGCGUAUCCUUCGGCUGCACUCUCCAGGAAAGCACGCUCAACCUGCUUCACUACAGUGCCAUCAAUCAUGGCGAACAAAAAGUGGCGACAGACCAUCUAUACCACAUAUUCAAUGUGUCGCCGGUAUCGGAAUGCAACUCUGCUUCUGCUUCCCAACGGUUCCCAGCAGAGUACUUGGCACUAUUCAUCCCAUUGAUCAGAAUAUGCAGUCUCGUUCUCACAGAGCCCCCUUCGGGAAGCCGCGAUUGGCUCAACGCAUACGAUGAUAUCGAGGCUUUCUACAUUGCAUUUCCUAUCUCAUUACUUAGGUUCGACAAUCUUCGGUUCCUGUACCAGGCAGAGGCAAUGGUUUGGAUGCAUGGACUUUUGAUAAUCCUCUACGUGGGAAGGGACUUGCUUAGCAUUCUUCUAAGACCGCUAGAUGAUGACACGCUAAGACAUGUUCUUAAUCAUUCAUUGCUUAUCGGCGAAGUCCUUCCUUCAAUCGAGCGUCUAGCCGACGGGUUCGAGGAUACAUCUCCCGCAUUAAUAUUUUUCCUCCUCCUUUCAUGCGCGGUCCACAUCGCUACGCUCGGAAGAUAUGCAUUAGACCAGGGGAGAGCAGUGUUGUUUGCCGCCAGUGAUGAAAGUGGCACCUCCGCCAGCAUCCCACAGAAAAUAAUAACGUCAAGCUGGAUGCAUCUUCACAUUGUCUCACAGAUCCGCAAGUCCUGUCCACGGUACGACCUGCCUCUUCUGACUGAUAUCGAGCGAUUACUUGCAGUUUGUUACAGUCGCACUGUGCUGGGAGUUGCGUCUGCUGAGACAGUCUCUGCAACGCAGCUGAUGCUUUAUCGAUGGAAAGGGCGGGGAGGAGGGGUGGCACCACUAAGAGUUCCGAUGGCACUGGCGGAGUGGGAGUUCCCCCAGCGACCUGAGGAUGACAUAUUGAAGUGUAUUCCAAACCACACUGAGCUCUCGCCUGGCAUUGUGGCUGAGCUCUGUGAUUCACAAAGCAGAAUUGUCCAGGAAGGUUAUUUCGACUUGAGUAUCGUCAUACCAUGAGACUCUGAUACACAUUUUGUGGCGUGCGCGAUUCA